AUAACGGGAAGGGAGUAUCUAAUGUCGUAAAAUAAUUACGCCGUAAAUAUUUCAUCAUUGCGGUGAAGACGAGCUGGUUCCGUUUGCAUACGAAGUUCAUAUAGAAAACCUUCAGAUAAUGCCAAAUUUGAGUUUGCUAAAUGCUGCAUUUUCAGCAAUCUUCGCUGGCCUACCUUCGAAUGACAUACACAAACUGUUCGAAGCAAGUUACGCCAUGGCACCUCAGCCAGCUCUGAUGGCUCCUAAAAGUCACGAUCAGAGUCUUGAUAUUCUAGCGGAGUGGAUGCCUUGUGAUAAGUGGACGUUUCUCGACUCUAGCGGGCUUGAUCCCCAGUACGAUUAUGAUUUCACUAAUGUCAAAGAUGACGGUAAGAAAUACAUGAGAGGAGGGCAUCAAUAUCACCGACCGUACGGUUGGAAUAGAAUAGCCUUAAAAGUUCAUGGCAAAUACUCUGGAGGCGACGAGUGGCUCGGUCCAAACGGCAUACGCACUGAAGAGGCCCCAAACGAAUGGGCAGUUUCGUAUCACGGCACGAAGGCCGAACACGCCGUCAACAUAAUCAAACAAGGGUUGAAAACUGGUCCCAGAGAAAGGUUCGGUCCAGGUAUCUACAGCAGCCCUUCUCCAAAAAUGGUUGAGGAGCAUUAUGCACAGGAAUUCAGGUAUGAGGGAAAAGUCUACAAAAUUGCCUUCCAGAAUCGUGUCAAUCCCGAUAGCGUCCAAAUCAUCCCUGCUUCAGCAACAAAGGCUGGAGCGGAAUACUGGAUCUCACAGGAAGGCGACAUCCGUCCUUAUGCUGUGAUUCUUAAACUUGCCACGGUAGAAAAUGAUUGUAACAUUUUUUGAACCAUUCCAGUGCUCACGAGAGCUACUUUACAUCGUGACUCUCAGGCAAGUUUACUGAUUCGUAUUUGCUGGUAGCUUAAAUGUUUCAUGGAUAAGUUUUCCUUCAUUUUCAACUUUGCUGGUUGGGAGAUUAUUUACAUAUUCCUAAAAGAACAUUGCUAGUUUUUAAAUGUAGUCUGUAUAAAAUAAUGUAAAACUAGAGGCCGCAGAGGCCUUCACUUGCGCUUCCCUCUAUGAUAGGGGUGUUACUAAACAGAGUAACUUAGUAAAAAGUAAAUUAGCCACCGUAAAGGGUAAAAAAGCUGACGUUUCGAGCGUUAGCCCUUCGUCAGAGCGAUUCUAAUCGCUCUGACGAAGGGCUAACGCUCGGAACGUCAGCUUUUUUACCCUUUACGGUGGCUAAUUUACGUUUUCAACCCAGUUGUUAACACUAAAUUACCUGCUAUACUCUCCCACCGACGCAGCACCACAGUUUCUUUAGAAACUUACCCCUUUAACUUAGUAAAAAAACGAGUAACAGCACAAUGCUCCUGUAAGUGAGUGAUUCUGUGACUUUUUGAUUUCACAAAGUGAGACCGAAAACAUCUCAGGGUUUACUUAAGCUCUUUCAAUCGCUCCACGUCAAUUUUCAUCUCGAAAAUAAUUUUUAGAGUUUAUUCUAAGCAUCGUUGAGCAAAAAUAAACAUGUCCUCUAGAUUAUAACUUUCUUUUAAGCUUAAGUAUUAUUAUACAAGAUCUACCAGGUGGAUGAGGGAGUUGAUUACAUGUCUGAUCACAUUCUACAGGUACAUUGCAUAUUGCACCCCUUAAUUUUUCUCCGUUGUCCUUCAUGCAUGACCACAAUCUUCUCAAAUACCAUUCGUUGAGCUAUUCGUAUUUGUUAUAGUUUUUCUAAUGAGAAUAGUUCUGUGGUUAUUUCAUACACAUACAUAUUAUUCACUACAGCCUGACAUGGUAAUUUUCCUUUUAUGACCUUUGAAUGACAUGUGUUGCAUAUGUACUGUUUUCCAUCAAAUGAGUGUUGAAUAUUGAAAUAUGUUUGACAAGGGUACUUCUUGUUUAUGCAUGUUAUUACUAAUUUCUCAUAAAGUAUUCGAUUACAGACAGUACAUAUAAAAUAUUAAGGCCUUCUCUUAUUUUCAUCUUAAACUGGUUAAUACACAAUUCAACUGAUCUGGCUUUCACUAAUUCCUCAUUGGGUUGGGAAAGUAAUUCUUUCUUCUUUAUAGCAUCCAUAGUUGAAUAUUUUCUUUUAAUGUCUUCUAGAAACCUUUUUUGGCAACAAGUUCCAGCUAUCAUACAUGUUUUUUUAGAAAGAAAAAUUAUACAAGUUUGCUCAAAUAGAAUGAAAUAUCAUGACAAUAUACUAUUAAUCAAUUAUAAAAAUCUAUCCUUAUUUAUGUUAAAUUAAGAUAAAAUUUAUUAAAACUGUUCUUAAAUGAUGAGAAAUGUUAAAUUGUUCUGAUAUCUAGUGGUAGGCAAUUCCACAGCUCUACAAUACGACUGAAGAAAGAAAACUUAAAAACAUCAGUUUCAAAAAGGCCUCUCACCAGUGUAGCUUCACUAUUACUGAUGUUAUAUUUGGGUAUCUCAAAAUUAACAUGUGACAAAACAUUGAAAUCAGUGUAACCUUUCAGGCACCUAAAGCAAAAACAAAGAUCCAACAUCUCUCUUCCAUAUUCUAGAGGUAAAAGUUUCAGUUUGAUAAGUCUCUCAGGAUAACUUAAGUCAGUUUUCAGGAUAAAUUUAGUUGCAUGUCUUUGUACAUGCUCAAGUGCAAUGAUCUUUUCUUUAGUGUGGGGUGACCAGACCUGUCAAGCAUACUCCAGCUGUUAUUAAACAAGUGAUUUGUAUAAAAUUAUCAAUGUUUUCUGAUCACAUUCAUUGGUACAAGUUCUUUUGAUCAUGCCCAGCAUCUUGUUGGCUUUACUGACAAUGUCAAUGGGAUUAUUUCAAGAUAACUUGGUAGAAACAUGCACACCAAGGUCUUUCUCAGUUGUAACUGACAUAAUCUGUGAGCCAUUAAGUUGUAUGGGUUGAAAUAACAAUAUUCUUUUUCCUUGUGAUUGCAAGAUAUUUGCAUUUCUUUGAAUUAAACUUCAUGAAGUGAUCAGCUGACCAAUUGUUUAGAUUUAACAGGUCACUUUGUAGUUGUUGAACAUCAUUGAUGUUAUCUAUAAUUCUGAAGUAUUUCAUAUCAUCAGCAUACAGUUGUACAGUGGUGCUCGAGUGUAUAGCUUUAGGAGCUGUAUUCAUAUAAAUUAUAAACAAAAGUGGUCCUAAAUUAGACCCCUGUUUCCUUUCAAUUUCAGUAAUUUUACAUGAAUAGCAGAUAAAUUGUUUAUCAUAUUCCAUAGUCUGACAUUCCUGUUUAUUUUGAAUAAUAUUAUUUAUUUCCUCUACUAGAUUAUCCAAAAAGAGUGAAUACUUACAGAAAACCUUUGUCCAGAACCACAGGCCUCUCUACCAAAAGAAUACUUUGUU